AUGGAGAGGGGAAACCAAACUGGUGUCUCGGAAUUCCUCCUUCUGGGACUGUCUGAACGGGCAGGGCAGCAGGAGCUGCUCUUCAUACUGUUUCUCUGGAUGUACCUGCUCGGGUUCCUGGGGAGCCUGAUCAUCAUACUGGUUAUCGGCUCCGACCCGCACCUGCAUACCCCCAUGUACUUCUUCCUCACCAACCUCUCCCUGGCCGACGUCUGUCUCCUGUCCACCACGGUCCCCAACAUGCUGGUCAACAUUCAGACCCACAUCAAAUCCGUAUCCUACGCAGAAUGCCUGGCGCAAAUAUAUUUCUUCAUUCUGUUCGGAACUCUGGACCACUUUCUCCUCACUGGAACGGCUUAUGAAAGCUACGUGGACAUAUACCACCCCCUCCACUACACCACUAUCAUGGGUCCACGGCUCUGUGCCCUGAUGGUUUCUGGGUCCUGGAUCAUCAGCAAACUACAGCAUAUCUCAAACCCACUCUUCGAUGGUAAGCUACAGGAUAUGGGCAUCCUGAGGGUACUCCUCUGCCUCCUUGCCCUGGGCCCCCUGUAUUUCGGCCCAGUCAAGGACCCCAUCUCGCAGCUCAGCCUCCUGGCCUUGGUGCACCUCCGCCUCCGGGCCCUUGUCCCCCUGAGCUUGCCAGCCAUGGUCCGCCUGUGCCUGUCAGCCCUGGUCUCCCUCUCCCUCCAGGACCUGGCUGCGCUCUCAUACCUGACCCUGGGUCAAAAGCUAUAUCGUGACCACCUAAACCAGCAGGCGGAACUCAGAGGUAUCCUGCUGCUGAUAGGAAUCAUGAAUGGAUUCCUCCCAUCAACGGCGCUGCAGGCCGCCACCCAGGACCGCCGGCGGUGGCGGCAGGAGAGGGCCUCCCUAGAAGCAAAACUUAAGGAACGUGAGACGAAAUACCUUGUACUGCAGAUAGCGGCCGAGGUAAAAAUGCAGCAGGCGAUCCUUUUAGAGCUGAAAUUGGCACUGCUGGUGGCUAAGGAGUUAGAAUAA